ACACAUCUGGUUUCAUGCACCUGUUCCACAGAAAUGGGAGACUGGUCCAUUCUUGGCCGCUUCCUAACAGAGGUUCAAAACCAUUCCACAGUGAUUGGUAAGAUAUGGCUGACGAUGCUGCUCAUCUUCCGCAUCCUGCUUGUGGCCCUGGUGGGGGAUGCUGUCUACAGCGAUGAGCAGUCCAAGUUCACCUGCAACACCCUCCAGCCCGGAUGCAACAAUGUGUGCUAUGACACUUUUGCUCCGGUCUCACACCUGCGCUUCUGGGUCUUUCAGAUUGUUCUUGUAUCCACACCUUCUAUUUUCUACAUUGUGUAUGUCUUGCAAAAAAUUACCAAGAAUGAAAAGGUAGAGGUCAAGAAGAUUGAAGUGGUACCCAGGUCCUCGCCUGCACUCGACAGGGACAAACAUAUAGAAGGAGAUCAGGAGUCGGGCAGCCCUUAUAGCACGACCUACAACAACGAGGACUGGAGCUCACAGGAAGGGGAGUGUGAGGAGAGGAGCCAGCUGGAAGAGGAGAUGAAGGAGGUAGGAAAGGACCCGACCGAGCUCUCCAGCCAAGUGCUACUUAUCUACAUCAUACAUGUUUUGCUGCGUUCCAUUAUGGAGAUCAUCUUCCUCAUUGGACAGUAUUACCUAUUUGGAUUUGAAGUCCCACACCUUUUCCGCUGUGACACCUACCCCUGCCCAAACCGGACUGACUGUUUUGUGUCUCGAGCAACAGAAAAAACCAUCUUCCUCAACUUCAUGUUCAGCGUCAGUCUCGGCUGCUUCAUCUUGAACAUUGUGGAGCUGCAUUAUCUGGGCUGGAUCUAUAUUUUCAGAGUACUGUUCUCUGCGUGCUGCACAUGCUGUGUCUCAAACAGGAACCCUGUGCAGGUGGACUUAUACUCCGACAACAACCCACUGUUGCUUGAGCUCAAACACUCUUUACAUGGCAGGGUCCUCCUGCAGACCACAUCUACCAUGUCCUGUGACAAGAACAGUGGCGUCCCAAACCAGGCCCCAGCCAUCUCAUUCGAGACAGACUCCACACUGGAGUGCACAUCCAAGAGGAAUCCAGAAGAAAAGGAGCGCACCAAGACUAGGCUGCACAAUAUGGCAAAAAUAGGAAGAAGCAAAAAGUCGUGGCUGUAAAACUAGAGUUUUCUUUUGUGUUAUAUUCUUUCAUCCUUUCACUGGACUUGUGUUUCUCAAAAUGGACUUGAACUGAAAUCUUUUUGGGAUGAGUCACUUUAAGUGAGCUGUGGUUCUGUGAUCAGUGUAUUUGUUUCUAGCCUCAGAAGAUUUCAACUGUGUAAGUGUACUGAGAUUUAAUAGGCAGGGAUUUUUGAGUGAUUUGGAAAUGAUGCAAUUUGUUUAACAUUCUUGGUUCAUCAGAGGGAAGCACUGAUCUACAAAUGUAGUGCAGCAUUUUAUGAAAAGUAGUUUCUGUAAAUAUAUAGCCAAACCAAUGUACAGGAUUUGCUGUGAUUCAUUCAUACUCAUCUGCUCCAACACUUACACCACCUGAAGAAACAUAAAUCAUAUCCUUUGUGAACAGGCAAAUGAUGCGUUUAAACACCAGCAGCUUCACACUUAGUUGACUCUGAUUUGGUUCAGAAGUGUCUGAUUCUCAUUGUUUUGUCCUUAUUUUUGCUGCGAGAAGCAAAAUUUCAGCAAAGUCCGUGGCGUGUCAUGUGUAUAG